AUGACCUCCGAAGACUCCAAAGAAGCUGCGGCGGAUUUGACUGCAGACUUCAAGUCUUUCCAAGACCAAGUUCAGAAAGCCCUCGUCAAUGCAACGAGAACAGCAGGCCGCGUUGCGAAUGAGGAUCUGGGCUUCCACCGCUCGUCCAGCGAGAAACUGUCCCGCGCUCUUGAUCGUCAAAAUGCUCAUCUCUUGCGUCUCACGAACAAGUUGCUCAAGGCUGCCACUACAGAUACGAGUAUCAAACCUCCAACUCUCCAGAGUCCAGAUGGGAUUGACGACAAUUGGCGGCGAGUUGUGGAUAUAGUAGAUGAUCUACUGGAAAAGGCAGACUCUGCUCUGGACGAAGUCUCUGGAGUUAUAAAGCGCCAUAGUCCGAGUUUGAAGGAGGGAGAUUUGCCAUCACAAAAUGCAAAGCUCGUCAGAGAUCGUUUUUCUAAUGUGAUGCAAAAGCCACAAGUUCAUUUCGAGAAGAAAGUCAACAACAAUGACACGAAACCUUUCAAGCCUCUCCUCCGCUCCAAGCCUCAUGCGCAAGUGCCUCUUGAGGAGUGCAUGGUGGAGGAAGAAUCUGGGUACAAGCACCCUUAUGCCCCAGAGAUAGAAGACUAUACCUAUCCACCCAGCGUCUACGAGAUUAAGCCACCCAUCCCCUUUCUUCCACCUGAGAACACGGAACCAAUCUAUGUGGAUACCGAAGAAGGCGUGAAAGAAAUGCUAGACGAGCUAAAGCAAGCCUCAGAGAUAGCCAUUGAUUUGGAACAUAAUGAUAUGCGCUCCUUUGUUGGUAUGGUCUGCCUCAUGCAAAUCAGCACAAGAGAGAAAGAUUGGAUUAUCGAUACGCUUAAACCGUGGCGAGAGAAUUUACAGAUGCUGAAUGAGGUAUUUGCGGAUCCUAAAAUCCUCAAGCUCUUUCACGGCUCAAAUAUGGACAUGAUCUGGCUACAGCGAGAUCUCGGUCUGUACGUUGUCGGUCUGUUUGAUACUUUCCACGCUUCCAUGGCUCUACAUUUCGAAGGCAAAAGCCUCAAGUAUCUCUUGCAGCGAUUCGCCAAUUUCGAGGCACAGAAACAGUACCAAGUUGCAGAUUGGCGCGUGCGGCCUCUGCCCAAGGAAUUGUUGGACUAUGCUCGCUCAGAUACCCAUUUCCUUCUUCACAUCUACGACAACGUCAGGAAUAUGUUGGUUGAGGCAUCCACCCCCAACGAAAAUCUGGUCGAUUACGUUCUCCGAGAGUCAAAGAAAGAAUCUCUUCAAGUAUAUGAGCGUCCAUUGUAUGACGCAGAGACUGGACGGGGCUCAUUAGGUUGGCUGAAUCUUCUCUUGCAACGUUCGGUGACCUUUGGGCCAGAACAGUUCAGCGUUUUUCGAGCAGUGCAUGAGUGGCGGGACCGCAAAGCACGAGAGACUGAUGAAGGAUUACAAUUUAUCAUGUCUAAUCAAGUUCUAUUCCAGAUAGCAGAAACCAUGCCGACGUCGGCAUUCAACUUUCAUGCCACGAUUCGUCGCAACACCAAGGCAAUUUCCAAUUACCUUCCGGAGUUGAUCGAGGUUAUCAAGAAGGCCAAAGCCGAGGGAAAGGAAGGGAAGACUGUGCAGGAGGUACUUAAACAUGCCGAAACGGCGUAUGGCAUUUUCCCUCGCAGAGGCCCGAGAUUCCAACCAAGACGAGAACAACAGACUACAUACGACGGUGUAGGUGCGACUCUGAAGCAGCUCGUCGCCACCGCUGCCAAUGAAAGUGUGUCGUCUUCCGCUGUAUUGGCGUUUGACAUUCCUGUUGCCACACGGUCAGCUUCAUCUCACCUUUGGGGCACCAUCACGCCGAAUCAUGAACACGUCGCAACCGAGCCUGCUACUGCCUUCGCUGCUUUGGCGUCUGUUCUUCCGUUACCCACGGUUCAUGCUCCAGAAUUAGUCGCUCAACAGCCAACAGAGCCAGGUCCCGUCGAUAUUUCGCAAACUACAGUUCCUAUCGAAACAGCGCCAAGCCGACUUCUCCAACAAACCAAGUCCAAGGAAAUCUUCACGUUGAAGGAACGCUCACGAUCCAAGAAACGUAAAGCGGGCGAGACUGACACGAUAGAGGAGCAAAUAGCAACUACUUUACCGUCUAUGGCCGACUCCUCCGCUUCCGCUGACCCGGAUCAGGCAGAUGAUCAGGAGGCAGCACAAACUCUUGACCCUGCGUAUGCAGACAAGCGUCUAGCAAAGAAACAGAAGAAGGCAGAGAAAAAGGCCCGGAAGCAGGCAGAAAAGCUAGCUGCGGAACAGGCUGCCCAAGAAAUCAAGCCUUUCGACUACGCUAGUGCAGAGUCCCUUUUGACUUCAACCGCUGAGUCAGGACCGAAGGCCCAACCUACGAAGAAGAUGAAUCCGUUCGCAAAGGCGCUGGAUACCAGUACCGGAGCGAGACGAAACAAGAUGGGCAAAGAGAUGAGCGGGAAGUCUAUGACAUUCAAAUCCUGA